CCCUUCCCCAUCAGCAUUCCUUGCUGUCUACUCCUGCGCUCCAGCAGGGGGGCGUUAGGUCAAGUCUCGCGAUUCGGCGUAGGCGUCGAGAUCGGGAGAGAGAGAGAGGGGAAGCGAGGAGAGGAGAGGAGAGGAGAAAAUGGCGGAAGAGAAUGAUUCCACGUCGAUUCCGCUUAGCCAGGCGGCGGACCCGGAAGAUCCGGCCAAAGCGCCCCCAAUUUCGCCGAGUUCUUCCACCAGGAAGGCUUGUUGCGCUGUUCUUCAGAGCUGGGUGUCAAAGAAGUUUAUGACCGGAUGUGUAGUUCUCUUCCCCGUUGCAAUCACUUUUUACAUUACAUGGUGGUUUAUUCAGUUCGUUGAUAGUUUUUUCAGUCCAAUAUAUGACAAGCUGGGAUUCAAUAUCUUUGGCCUUGGAUUCUUGACAUCUUUGGCAUUCGUAUUUCUCAUUGGAAUCUUUGCUUCAUCAUGGUUGGGAUCAACAGUCGUCUGGUUGGGAGAGUGGUUUAUAAAAAAAAUGCCUUUUGUAAGGCACAUUUAUUCAGCAUCAAAGCAAAUUAGCACUGCAAUUUCUCCAGAUCAAAAUACCACAGCUUUUAAAGAGGUCGCAAUUAUUCGUCAUCCACGUGUUGGGGAGUACGCGUUUGGUUUUAUUACAUCAACAGUGGUUCUUCAGAAUGACAAAGGUGAUGAAGAGUUAUGCAGUGUUUAUGUUCCAACCAACCAUCUUUAUAUCGGUGAUAUAUUCUUGGUCAACUCUGAAGAAAUCAUCAGGCCCAACCUUUCUGUUCGGGAAGGCAUAGAGAUUAUUGUUUCGGGGGGUAUGACAAUGCCACAGGCAAUUGCUCCUCUGGAAGGGAUUCCCCGGAAAAACCAGAACAUCAGAUUGAACAGAAUAACAAAUUAAGGUGAAAGCGUGUCAAAGCCAUUCUGCUACUGCAGAUCUGUUUCCCUCUUCUUUUUCUCACAAACUUUGUAUGUGCUUUUCAAAGGGUCACACUGCUGCAGUUUUGCCAUGCCUUUCACACUUUCCUAGUGAGCCAGAGCCAGAUUACACUUUCCUAGCUAGUAAAGCUUGAACUGAGCAUGCAUCAUUGUGUGUUGUAAACACUUCUAAAUGUUGAGCGAGUGUUUGUGCAAAUAUAGAAGAUUACUACCGUCAACCAACUACACGUCACACCUACACCUAAGACUGUGUGUUCCUGGAUUACAAUUGUUGCAGUUUAGAGAUGUUAUUACUUUGCCUUACACAACCCGGCCUUUCCUUUGUUUUGA